AUGUCUGGUGCCGCUGCAGCACGGGCAAAGCAGAUGUCUUCGCUGCAGACUGCUCCACAAGAUCUAUCCUUUAGCGAUCCUUCUGGUCUGUUGGGAGAUAGAAACCCUUUGACAGCAUCGCCUUCAGCUGCAAUCUCAAGAGAAACUUACAGAGAGACACGGCAGGGUGGGUUACGAGAUGAGGCAAGACAGGAUAAGAGCAGACCCAACAAUCAAUCGCGCGCAAAGCUUUCUGCGCCUACCGAGGCGCCAAAGUCGCAGAUAGCGCCCUGGGCCACGGAAGAUCCAGCGAUGCUGAGCACUCACGAUCUUACUUCAGGAAACUUCUUCGAAAAUGGACCAAGCAAGGUGCAGCUGUCUCCAAUCUUCCGAUCUGGGGCAGGCCGUACCAACAACAGUGGCUCCCCAUCAGAGCUCGUGUAUCAAGAUGACGACCGUCGCCCGUCUAUUGUGAGUGAAAGCACGCUUUCUAGUCAGAAUUCGAUGCCAAAAACGACUUCGCAUAAGAACGCAAGUUCGAGGAAGAAGGCUGCAUUGUUCGGUGAUGAAGGACGGAAGCCUUCCUGGAGCUCUGGAGCGAGCACUCCAGGUAGUCUGCGGAGGGAGUCGACCCAAGCAUCUACCCAAGGCUCAAUGCAUUCGACAGGUACUGACGGACGAUCCAAGUCACCACCUUCGUCCAGUACGCGAUAUCCUCAGGCUUCCAGUGAAGUUACACCAUGGAUGUUUCAGGACCCUAAGGAUAUACGACACUAUGGUGACGCACCAGUGAGGCAGAUGCCUGCAGGUCUAGACAAAGGCCGUCUUGGAGAAGAAGAAAGCUCGUCUACUGAUCAACAGCACCACCACCACCAUCGCCGCCUCCAUUUACCAGGUCAUCGCCAUAAUCGAAGUAGAGAAGAGCCUCCAAAACCCCCGCCCAAGGAACCAUUCAACGGCAACCCUAUACGACCAACCCCUCCUCGGCACGAAUCUGCGAACAAUGUACGCUCCUUGAAAGAUCAGAAUCCAUCACCUAUACCUUCGCGCAGUACAUUGCCCAUCGGAGGCUUCAAUGGAAGUCCAGCUUCAAGCACAACAAGCAACAGAAGCCCUUCUAAUCGAGCCGAAACCAUGCCUAGCCAUAGGUCACCUGUGGAAAAUGGUCAUAAGAAACGGACAUUGCUGGACAAGCUUCGCGGACAUAAAGGAGACCGAGGCGCUGGAGACUCUCUUGACCGUCUCCCACCUUCGUCUAAUUCAUUACUGCCCGUUCAGACGAAUGAGAGCUACAAACAAUAUAAUCCGGAGCUAGUCAAAAAAGCAUCGCGAAAAGAUAGUAUUGCUACUUUCGACAGCCAAUCGACCCUUAAAGGGACCGAUCAAUUCAGCUUUGGUGAAGAGUCCCCACUUUUGAAGAAGGACACUGCGGGUUCAAAGAUCUUACACAGCCACUCCAAAUUUCCAAAACCAAAGCGUGGCUUCAGUACCGACAGUCAGAACAAACAGGAUUUUGAAAAGGUCCGCAAUGGAUCGAUUACCCAUGAUCCGUCCCUACAUGCGCUGGACAUGAAUUUCGACGAUAUGAGCGGCAUUGUAGACGCAAAUGCCGUUGGUCCUAACGCUCCUCAUGGUGGUAUCUUUACUGGAGAGGCGAUGCCUGAGGAGCCCAAAAAAGAGGUCAAAGAAGAUGGGCCAGGGUCUUGGGACGCGCCGGAUUCAUGGGCUGUCAAAAAGGUUGGUGACGUGAACAUGGGGCGUCUACCAGAGAUCGACGAGGCUGGAAUUCCUCCUAAGCUAAAUGAUGAUGGCACACCGCAUUGUGUCCGCAUUUUUCGCAUCGAUUCUACCUUUGCUACUCUCUCUCAGACGAUCAAUACCACCGCUGCAGAAAUUCUCCAGCUUCUUGGGCGGAAGUCUUUCUUACAAGAUGACCUUGAUAAUUACCAGAUAAUCAUGAGAAAACAUGACCUGCACCGACAACUAGCGCCGGGUGAGAGGCCUAUAGCCAUACAAAAGAAAUUACUCGAGCAAGCUGGUUAUCAACCUUCGGACCGGGUCGAGGAGAUUGGACGCGAAGAUAAUAGCUAUCUUGUCCGGUUCACUUUUGUACCAACAAAAUUGACUGGAUACUACAGUCUGGAGAAGGAACCCGGACAGGGUAAGAUGCAGAAAUUCAGUCACGUAGAUCUAUCCGGUAGAAGCCUCGUCACAAUUCCCAUUACGCUGUACCAAAAGGCGACAGAGAUCGUAUCGCUGAAUAUCUCGAGGAACCUGGCAAUUGACGUCCCGAAAGACUUCAUCACAAGUUGCACCAACCUCCGAGAGAUUCGAUUUAUCAGUAAUGAAGCAUGGCAGGUCCCAGCAAGUCUAUGUUUGGCAAGUCGCUUGACUGUACUUGACAUUUCUAACAAUCGCCUUGAACAACUUGAGCACGCCGAGUUAAACAAGCUGUCGCACCUCGCAAGUCUAAAGAUGUCGAACAAUAAGUUGAAAAGUCUACCCGCGUACUUUGGCCAGUUCAGCUCGUUGCGUAGCUUGAACAUGUCCUCAAAUUAUUUUGAGGCCGUCCCAGAGUCUUUAUGUGAUCUUAGGACUCUGGUCGACCUUGACAUAAGCUUCAACGGCAUAAAGAAUCUGCCCAAGCUAGGUCGACUCACGUCUCUAGAGCGUCUUUGGGCAACGAACAACACGCUUUCCGGAAAAUUUGCUGAAGAGUUCAAGGGACUGAAAAAUCUCAAAGAGGUUGACUUACGUUUUAACGGCAUUACUUGCAUAGAGGUCUUCACUUCUCUUCCUAAAUUAGAGCAACUGAUGGUCGGACACAACACGAUUUCCAAAUUUGAAGGUAGUUUUGAAAAGAUUCGUAUCUUACAUGUAGAUCACAACCCGAUGACACGAUUCGAUUUCAAGGCACCUGUCCCAUCAUUGACCGCACUCAACAUCGCCUCUUGCAAGGUCGCCCAACUAGACGAUAGCUGCUUCGAGCGGAUGCGAAAUGUCACCAAACUAAUUUUGAACAAAAAUCAUUUCUCGUCCCUCUCCAAUCAGAUUUGCAAGCUACAAAGACUAGAGUAUCUCAGUAUAGCCAAGAACCCGCUGAACAGCCUUCCAGCGACCAUUGGGGGGCUGUCCGAAUUGCACUUUCUAGACGUAAGAGAAUGCAAUCUCACAAAACUUCCUUCCGAGUUAUGGUUCUGCUAUCGUCUAGACACCCUCAAUGUCUCCGCCAAUGUUUUGGAGUCGUUCCCAAAGCCCCCAACCUCUCAGCCAGCAAAUCAAAUCGAGGAACAGGCAGGCGUUGCAGAUGCUUCAGCUGAAACAACAUCAAUACCUGCAGCAACGCCAGAGCACGAAGAGCUUGGAUCAACAGACGCUUAUAGCGAGCGGCGACCAAGUCAGUCAUCCACGGGUCUUCUGAACUCCGCUAGAAACGGAUCAGUCGCGUCCGUUAUAGGACCUACGCCACGCAAAGGCUCUAUCAUCUCAAGAACUACGACAAGCGACACAUUGACACCAAUCAGCCGAAAAGACUCGAACCUGCAGCAAAGAUACAUGAACACUUUUGCCGCCUCUCUUCGCAAUCUUUACUUGGCAGAUAACAGACUGACUGACGAUGUGUUUGACCAGAUAACCCUGCUACCUGGCAUUCGUAUACUCAAUCUAUCAUAUAAUGACCUCGAUGACAUUCCUGAACGCUCACUCCGCAGGUGGCAAGAAAUCAAUGAGCUAUAUCUGUCCGGCAAUGAAUUGACCUCUCUACCGUCAGAUGAUCUAGAACAGAUUGCGUCGCUCAAAGUCCUCCACAUCAAUGCGAACAAAUUUCAAGUACUCCCUGCGGAGCUAUGCAAGGUUAAAAAGCUACAAGUGUUGGACGUAGGGAGUAACGCACUCAAGUACAAUGUCUCUAAUUGGCCUUAUGAUUGGAACUGGAGUUGGAAUCAUAACCUACAAUAUCUCAACUUCUCAGGUAACAAACGUUUGGAAAUAAAGCCGACACGAUCUUUCGGAACGCAUAACGCAAACAAAGACGAGACUGAUGAUCUUACGAAUUUUAAUAUGCUCAGUCAUCUUCGGGUCCUAGGGUUGAUGGAUGUGACUUUGACGAUUCCGUCAAUCCCUGAUCAGACUGAGGACCGAAGAGUCCGAACAUCAGGCUCUGUAGCUGGUCCAAUGGCGUACGGUAUGGCGGACAGUAUAGGCAGACAUCAGCACUUGUCGACAAUUGACAUGGUAGUACCCAGGUUUAGGGGCCAUGAAACAGAGACACUUCUUGGUAUGUUUGACGGGCAAGCACUCUCGAACGGUGGGUCACGAGUGGCCAAAUAUCUGCAUGAGAAUUUCGGCUUUCACUUUACCGAGGAAUUAAGUCGCCUUAAGCAGAACGAGUCGCCAACUGACGCUUUACGACGAUCAUUUCUUGCACUGAACAAAGAUCUUGCCACAAUCGCUAGCCAAAGCUUUGACGAGAAAGAGCACCGUCUGCCCCAGAUGUCCCAUAGAGGUUCCACAACCGCGCAGUCGCUCAGCGCUGAUGAUCUGGCUUCUGGUGGGGUUGCGACUGUCGCUUUCCUUGAUAACAUGGAUUUGUAUAUAGCCAAUUGUGGGGAUGCGCAAGCAAUGCUGAUGCAAUCUGAUGGCGGAUACAAGAUCCUUACGCAGAAGCAUGAGCCAGCAGAUAGGAGUGAGCGUGAGCGGAUCCGCGAAGCAGGUGGCUAUGUUUCUCGUCAUGGCAAGCUCAACGAUGUGCUUGAGGUCUCGAGAGCCUUCGGAUAUGUUCAGAUGAUGCCAGCAGUCAUGGCUGCACCAAACAUCACUCAUCGUACUCUGAAGGAAUCCGAUGAGAUGAUUUUGAUUGCGUCUAAAGAACUAUGGGAUUAUAUGACCGCCGAUGUAGUCGCCGAUGUUGCUCGGUCUGAGCGAGGAGACCUCAUGCGUGCCGCGCAAAAGCUCCGCGACCUGGCAAUGGCAUUUGGUGCCACAGGCAAGAUAAUGGUGAUGAUGAUUGGGGUCAGUGAUCUCAAGAAACGCGAACGCAACCGCUUCCGUGGGCAAUCUCUUUCUAUGGUGCAAUCACAGAUCCAAGAAGAACAGAUGAUUCAAAGCAAGCGACCGAGAAAAGCACGAGAUCGUCCUGACGAUUCGACGCUGCAACGACUAGACCCUGAAGUCGAUCCACCUAUUGGCGACCUCGUACUUGUCUUCACCGACAUCAAGAACUCUACCAACCUUUGGGAGACUGUGCCGGUCGCAAUGCGAUCUGCCAUCAAGUCACACAACGAGAUAAUGCGUCGUCAACUUCGUGUGAUAGGAGGUUACGAAGUGAAGACGGAAGGUGAUGCCUUUAUGGUGGCAUUUCAUACGGCCACAUCAGCGCUGCUGUGGUGCUUUGUUGUACAGCAGGGACUACUCGAAGUUGACUGGCCUCCUGAAAUCUUGAACACGAUUCACUGCCGCGAAGUCUGCGACGCAGAUGAGAGCACGAUCUACCGUGGUCUGUCUGUGCGGAUGGGUAUGCACUGGGGUCAACCCGUCCACGAGCUCGACCCGGUGACUCGACGUAUGGAUUAUUUUGGUCCUAUGGUGAAUCGAGCAGCCCGAAUCGAAGGUGCUGCAGACGGCGGCGAAAUUUUUGUCUCAUCCGACUUCAUAGCAGAAAUUCACCGAGUGCUGGAAACCUACGCAGACGACGAACGCAGUGGCUCUUUUGAUUCGGAUGACAGUUUCAGUGAUGACCCAACAGCGCAACAAAUCCGGAAGGAACUACGUGCUUUAUCUACCCAGGGUUUCGAGGUAAAAGACAUGGGCAUGAUGAAACUCAAGGGUCUCGAGAAUCCCGAAGUCAUCUAUCUCAUGUAUCCACACACCCUCGCAGGCCGCUUGAUCGUCCAGCAGCAGCAUAAGGAUUCGGCUGCCGCAUUAGCUAGCACGGAGCCAGCAAGCUUGGCUCAGGGCGAGUCUAAAGAGCUGGAUACACAGUACGUUUGGGAUGCCUGGAAUAUCUCUUUGAGGCUCGAAAUGAUCUGUAGUGCUUUGGAAUCGCCUGGUGCGAUGGGGGUGAAACCUCCUGAAAGAAGCGUGUUGGAGCGGAUGAAAAAUCGUGGUGGAGAAGUCACCGAGCGGUUUUUAGUUACAAGGAUUGAAGUAAGUAAAAAACCCCAAUCUGCAUAA